AUGUCGCAAGCCGCAGAGACUUCGCCAGUUCCGUCUAUCGGGUACCGACCUCUGGAAUCCAAGACCAUCAGCUCCCACACCUUAGACAACGGGGAGCAGGCUCUGGCCAUGCAGCAAGUAAAGGUUGAGGACAUGGAGGAACUCCAGCAAAUGGAGGAAGAACUGAAGGACCCCUACCAUGAUGAGCUCGAACGGCAACGCGAGGAGUUGAAAGCAUGCCAAUAUCGGGCUGAGAAAGCUCGAGCGGAGUUGGUAUUUCCUUCGACCACCACCCCAGACAAAACGCAGAAGAAGGUUCGCCUCAACACCCCAGAAGAGAAGGGAUAUGACCCAUAUGAGGAAUAUUCUGCAGGGGAUGGUCACCUAGGGAGCAUGGGUGAGUGCCCUGAUGAAGCCCAACAACUCCGUGAAGAAGUUCACCAACUGUAUGAUGUGAAACACAACCUUCACAGUGAGAUUGACAUGUUGCAACAGCAGUUGGCAUCGUUGAAGAUCCACGUUGAGAAGACCAAGACUGCCCGAGAGCCUCCUGCCGAUCCCGCCCCAGUUCUCCCUUCUGAGUCUCAUUCUGCGGAGGUCAACGAUGAUGCUGUCCGGAAGAGGUAUGACAAAUAUGAGUCCAAAACCCUUUAUUGGUACGAGGAGGAUGCUGAGACCGAAUUUGAGAAGACCAAGACCCGGCGGAGAACGGAGGGAAUGGAAUACGAAGUAGAAGCUCACGGGGCCGAUGCUCUGACAUCUUUGGUAGAUCCUUUGCAGUUCGAUAUGAAGGAAGCCCGAGAUAUCAACAUGACUGGUGCUUCGGCGGAUGCUUCCGCUGGGCCACCUCAGAAAGGUUCGCCAGCGCCAUUCCCGUUUAUCACCAAGCUCUCCAACAUCGUGGACGAGAUGGAGAAAGUCCAAUCACAGAUCAACCAUUUGUACUCGGAGGGGGCUGUAGAAGGUUACUCGGAAGAUUCUCUGACCAUGGAAGCCCGUGCCAAGAACAUCCCGCUCCCCAAGCCCAAGGCUGCUACCAAAGCAGCCCCUAAGGCAGGGGCCAAGGCAUCUGUCAAGGCGAAGCCUAAGCCCAAAUCCACGGCAGUCCAAAUCAUCUCUGCCCAGGCUGUCUUUGGCCUCGAAACCUCAGAGCGUUUUCAACUGGCUUUCAGGAAUGGUCAUGGGCGAGAGACUUCGGACAUUGAGGACUACAUGGCGGAGUCCCAAGACCACAACAGCAAGGGGAGUACGUACAAGUCCCGCUUUCUUCACAGCUGUGUUCCAAAGAAGUGGUACAGUGGAAAGCACCAAAACAUGUACUCAAAACUUUUGGAGGAUGUGGCUGCAGAGAGCAAAGCCCUUUUUGAAAAGGGAAUUUAUUGCAGUGGUCAACAAUACUUUCUGGUUUGCUUGGGGUUGAAGGCUGAUGCGCCUGCUUUAGCGAAAGCUGGCUCUCUGAACCGAUCGUUCUUAAACCUUGGGUUUCAAAUCCCAUGCUGUUGGCAGUGCAUGGCUGGUGCAGCGGACAUCCCAUGGGAGGAUGUGAGGAAGCGCCCGGUUUGGGAGCCUACCAUACAUUUGCAGGAACCAUGGGGCCAAAACACUGGAAGCCCUUUGCUUGCAAUACCAGGUAGGCUCACAUGCCGUGAAGCCAUUUACCAUCAAGACCCCUUUCACACAUACAAGCAAUCUAUAGGCGGCCACUUCAUUGCUUCCUCUAUCAUUGCACUUAUGGAGAUGGAUGCAUGGCCUGGAGACCUCAACUCCAUGGACAUCCUCUUUGAUCGUGCAUAUCAGGACUUCAACUUUUUUGUGAAGCAUGAGUUUCCUGGGCGCCAAGUGGCGCACAUCAAGAAGUUCACUCGGGCAAUGUUCCAUUUCCCUCGUGAUCAAACUUUUCCAUACGCACGUUGGAAAGGUGCGGAUAUAAUGUUGGCACAUCGCUGGCUGUGCCAAGUCCUUGUGGUGGGUGCUGUGCUGGAUGUGAAUCAGGGGCGCGUUGGUCCUGGACUUUUAUGGUCUCAGCGCAGUGCUUCAGAGCUGGCUUUCUUUGAGGAAAUCCACAGAGGUGCCACUACUGCCCUAGAGUUUUGGCAAAUCCUUCGGAAGAAUGGCAUUUGGCUACGUCCUGAAAGCGCAAAGCGCAUGGCAGAGGUGUGUUACCAGUUCUGUCAAAGCUACACCAAGCUUGCACGGAUGAGCAUCCAAGCGAACCGCUGCCGCUUUCAAAUGCAGCCUUCGUUACACUACUAUGCGCACUACUACGUGCGCUUGUGGCGUGAAGUUGAGACCGGGUGCAAGUGGGUAGCUUCGCCUGCCUUGGAGAAUUGCGAGGCGGAUGAAGAUUUCAUAGGAAGAGUUGCACGUGUUAGCCGGCGUGUUCACAACAAUUCUGUUCCAUCCCGGACAGUGGAACGAUCACUGAUCAAAUACUUUUUUGUCCUCAAUGAGGUCGACAGCUGA